AUGAGGCAGACCGUCCUGGUGCUGGCGCUCGCGGCCUGCGUGUUCGCGGCUGAGCUGCCCGUCCGCCGCAUCCCACACAGCGGUCCACAAAGGAGGUUCGGCCGGGUACACGGACGCAUCGUCGGCGGCUCAGAUGCCACCUUAGGCCAGUUCCCGUACCAGGUGUCGCUGCAGUGGGUGAUGUUCAGCAUCGCCUCCCACACGUGCGGCGGCUCCAUCGUGUCCGCCAGUGUUGUCGUCACGGCCGGACACUGCCUCGACCCGGCAGUCGUCGGCCACUACGAGGUCGUGGCUGGUGUCAACUCCCGGACGAGUGACUCGGCCAUCGAGCAGAGGGUGCAAGUGGCCCAGCAGAUAAGACAUCCAUCCUACCAGGAAGAUUUUAACGUCGCAAUCAACGACGUCGCCAUCUUCCAGCUGAAGACCAGGCCAUACCGCUGCCUACCGCUGGAUGCGUCCCAAGUGCUGGAUCGUCGGCGACGCUGUCUGGCUGGGGCAGCACCAGCACCAGAAUCGGCAUUUUUCCACAUCCUGCAGUGGGUCGACGUCACCGUUAUCAGCAACACGGAGUGCGCGCAACUGGUGCCCGACAGCCCGGUCAACGACAACAACGUCUGCGCCGGCCCUGUCGACGGAAGCAUCUCCGCUUGCACGGGCGCCUCUGGCUAUCCGUUGGUCCAGGAUGGCACCCUCAUCGGAAUCGUCUCGUGGGGAAUAUGGAACUGUGCAACUGUGGGCACCCCCUCCGUAUUCACCUGGGUGGCCGCCUUCACGGACUUCAUCAACCAACAGUUAGGACCAUCACGUACAUCGGCUGAGCUGCCCGUCCGUCGCAUCCCACACAGCGGUCCACAAAGGAGGUUCGGCCGGGUACACGGACGCAUCGUCGGCGGCUCAGAUGCCACCUUAGGCCAGUUCCCGUACCAGGUGUCGCUGCAGUGGGUGAUGCUCGGCAUCGCCUCCCACACGUGCGGUGGCUCCAUCGUGUCCGCCAAUGCUGUCGUCACGGCGGGGCACUGCCUCGACCCGGCAGUCGGCGGCUACUACGAGGCCGUGGCCGGCAUCAACUCCCUGACGUCUGACUCGGCCAUCGAGCAGAGGGUGCAAGUGGCGCAGGAGAUAAGGCAUCCAUCCUACCAGGAAAUUGAUAACGUCGCAAUCAACGACGUCGCCGUCUUCCAGCUGCAGUCCAGCCUGACCCUGGGCGGCAACGUACAGGCCAUACCGCUCCCUACCGCUGGAUCCGUCCCAAGUGCUGGUUCGUCGGCGACGCUGUCUGGGUGGGGCAGCACCAGCACCGGCAUUCUUCCGCACAUGCCCGACAUCCUGCAGUGGGUCGACGUCAGCGUCAUCAGCAACACGGAGUGCGCGCUGCUUCUGGGUGACAGCCCGCUCAACGACGACAAUGUCUGCACCGGCCCCGUCGACGGAAGCAUCUCCGCUUGCAAGGGUGACUCUGGCGGCCCACUGGCCCAGGACGGUGCCCUCAUCGGAAUCGUGUCAUGGGGCAUGUGGCCCUGUGGGGCUGAGGACGCCCCCUCCGUCUUCACCCGGGUGGCCGCUUUCACGGACUUCAUCAACCAGUACAUUUAG